AUGGUGUCAUGUUCUGGGGCAUUCUCGUUGAACCUACCAGGGCCCUCUCGCAUCCACGUUCGCUGCCAGAAACGUGACAACCUACGGGAGGCUCGUGCUGGAUUUGAAGAAAGCGGUGUUCAUCAAGCCGCCUCGGCGGAUGGACCGCCGCCUCAAGAGCCUCCUCCGAGCUAUGAGCAGGUGGCGAUCGAACCGGGCGGUCAAGCCGCAUCGGUGGAAGGGCCACCGCCUCAAGGACUUCCUCCGAGCUACGAGCAGAUGGUGACGACACCGGACGGUGCUGCUGACAACGUCAACGUUGGCGCGGAAGGCACACGUUCUGCCGGGGGAGAAGAAGCUGGAGAUGAUGGGCUGGGGCCGGUAGCCAAGUGCCGGGAUCGGUCCAAGUCACUCUGGAUUCACUUCCCUCACGUUGAGCUGUUGUUCAUCCUCUACGCGUUCCAGGGAGCCUUGGCGGCGCAGAUUGAUGUCCUGCGGCACGGCAGCGGCGCCCUCGUACCCGUGGCAGCAAUCGCCUUGGUCGUGUACCCGGUCUUGGUGCUCGGGGUGAUGCUUCGAGUCAUUUUCGUUCGAGUUCUCCCUCCCGUCGCCACGGGGUUGGCCUUCGCUGUGACACAGAAGGACACCUACUACACCACCAAUGGCCAAAGGGGCUGCCGAGGCUUCUUCUCGAGAGUUCGAAAAGGUUUGGAGGAGGAUCACAGUGCGUUCGCGUGGGCCAAGAAGGGCGCGUGGAGGACUGUCGAGAAUGAAGACACGAAGGAGCAGAGGCUGAGGAACUGGUUCCGCAUCGGCUUCGAGCCGCUGUUCGUGGACUAUACCAAGGCUGGGUCCUGGUUUGCAGUGUACGCUCUAAUGGAGGCAGCUGUGAUAGCGGGCGUCGGAGUGUUGAUCGACAACAGCCAGGUGCAACUGCUGAUUUUCCUGGGGUUGAACGUGGUGCAGCUCGUUCUUGUGGUGCGCCUCACGCCUUUUGCCAACAGGGUCGUCGAGUCCAUGGCGGCGUGCCGGGUGGGUGUCAACGCCUUCUGCAUGGUCUUGCUCGUAGGCGCGGAGGCGGAAGGCGACAGCGUGCACGCGGAGAGGAUGGAGACGGCCGUGGGAUGCUUCGAGCUUAUACUGCUGAUCGGUAGGAAACACAGGCAGGCAGCUUUCAGCCCGCACGCUGAUUUGUCCUGUAGACGAGUUGCCCCGCCGACGGUUCUUUCGUAG